AUGCCCAAAGCUACAGAAUCGACAUUAGUGGCCCCAGAUCCACCACUACCAACACCAGCCCUGGACGACGAGUCACUAUGCUAUUCCUACGAGAUCGCGCGGGGCGAGAUGGGAGUCCUAUCUUUCGAGCCAUACGAGAAUCUGAUCCUGCCAUACUGGGCUUUCCAGACGGUUCCCAUCGCCAAGAAGUCAGCGAAAGUGCUGUGGUCGAUUUUCGAAUCGUAUGUCGCGCGUGGCGAUCUGGUGGGCGCCGACAUGACGCGCAAGUUUGUCCAGAUGGGCAUGACGCGAGCCAAGCGGUAUGCGAACCUUAAGGGAGGGCAGAAGUAUGGUAAGGAUGGCGCUCAGUUGGAUAAGUGGACUCAGGAAAAUGUCGAUGGGAAGCGAAGGGAGAAGGAGGAGACUAGUACCAUCUUCAAGGUGUAUUGGCGGAGGUGUAUCAACGACGAGAAGUAUAUCAAGCUGAAGCGAGACUGGACAGAGGCCAAGAAGAGAUAUCUCAAGGGCCAGGAAAGACCGGCGUCGAAGGCGAAGUGA